AUGGCUAAUUCAAUCCUAGCCAAGUCCUCAGCAUUAUGGCAUCGAGCAACAAUAUGUGUUAUACAACCAUACCGGACGACAACCAGCAAGCAUUACAAUCCGAAAUUCAGAAAACAUCGCGGUCAGAAGGUCUUGAAGAUUGAUCUACCGGACAUGAACGAGGAUCCGGACACCAUCCCUCCAGAGAAGUUGAGGCAGAAGAUGAAGGAACGCGGGGUUUUACCUCCUCGACCCUGGAUAGAACGACCAUUCUAUAUUUCUGCUACUGGUGGUGUUUUCGAAGCCUAUAUCCCUCCAGAGGGUGACGGAAAAGCAUCCCUUGUAUCGACAACUCGAGCAAAGCAAGCCGUACAAUUACUAGAGAAGAAAUCCAAAUCGAUGAUGGCUAUACGAAAAAUUAAAUCAUACGACGAGGAUUUUGAUGCUAAGGAAUUCGCGAAAACGGCUCAGGAUAUUUACAUUAAAGCUCACGAAAACUUGGCUAAAGGCGAUAAGGCUGAGUUGAGGCGAUUUGUGACGGAGAAGGCCUACCCGGAGUUCAGACAUAACAGUCAUAUGAAGACGAUACAUUGGAGAUAUUUGGAGUCUUUGGAGCCUCCACGAGUGGUCCACGCUAGAUGUACUGAUGUUGUCUCUAAGGAAAACAUCUUUGCACAGAUCACAGUACGUUUCCACUCUCGCCAACAGCUGGCCGUGUAUGACAGGUUCGGUCGUUUGAUUCACGGCAGUGAGAUAGUCGCCAAGGACGUAUUAGAAUACGUGGUGUUCGAGAAACAUCUAUCCAACAUGUACGGCGUGUGGCGGAUACACGACAAGAUCAUACCGGAUUGGGCGCCGCCUCGAGAGCCUUCGCGACUCACGAGGGAGAAGCCCGAGCCUCCGCCCGUAGAGCUGAUAGAAGAAGGAAAAGAAGAGAAAGAUGUGAAGGAACUUGAACAAACCAACCAGCCGGCUAUAGCCAGCGCAUGA